UCUUCUCCUUCUUGGAGAAGGCUCGUUUCUGUGUUUGUGCAUACUGCUUUUCUGUAACUUUUUUAGGGGCCAUCUUACUAAGGUACAUUUUAUGAAAGUAAGCCAUAGCUAGUAAUAAUUGUUUCUAAUAAUAGUUGUUAAAGGACUUUUUAAACAAAAGAUAGGUGUGGUAAUAGAAAAAAAGGCUGAAACUGAGAUAGUAAAUGGGUAUAUUGGAAGAUGAUUUCAUGCAAGUAAGAGAGAGAGAGAGAACACUACUAAAGGAUCAAGAGGAAUCCCCUUAAAUAGGAAAGUGAGAACCAACGGCAAAAAAAAUCAAAUGACCUCUGGGAGCUUCUGCAUUACUUUGUACAAGGAGAAGUGCUUAAAAAAAGCAAAACAAGUCCUAGGUGAGUGCUGAACAUCAAAAGCUGCAUGUAAGGUAAUUUUUCUCAGCAUUGUAGCUGGAGUUGCUUAGUGGCAGAGCUGACUCAAAAGAAGAACAAUAUGGAAAAUAAAAGAGGAAAUAGUUAACUUUUUUUUAAGGAAGAGAAGAAACAUGUCUGUAGGAAAUUUUAGAGGAAAAUAUGAUUGCAAGUAGAAAAAGUGGAAGGGUUUUUUAAAGAUUAAUGGAAGUGUGAACUUCAGAAGAAUGGAAGAUAGUAAAAAAUUGCACAGUCAACCAUGCCCUUAACAUACUGUAAAGAGUGUUUUUAAAGUUGGGUCAGUAGAAUGAGAUUCCGGAAGAGGGAGAAUUAUUUUAAGCGGUGUUUUGAUGGAUGGAAAUGGUCAGAAAAGAAAUAGGACAAAGCUGCUGGAGUAGCCAAGCAUCUAUUGAGACUAUUUUUGGAGUAGUGAAUGAAAAAGGAUGAUUUUACAGAGUGAUAGGUUGAAAGCAGUUAGCAUCUUAUGUUAGCUCUGAUUUCCAAACCUGGCAAGUGAAGGGUUUCCUCUUCACAGAAGAAAAUCAGAGUGUGUUUGGUCUCAGGAAAAAUGUUUUCUCUAAAACUACUUGAAUGAAGAGUGAAAAGAGAGGUAAAUGCUAUUUGUAGUAUAAAACAUCUUUUUCUUGGUGCCGUAAUCAAAGCCUUUGGGCACAGCAGUUUGUGAACAAAACUUGUUAUUUAAUGGAGUAUUUAUAUUAAAGCCUAAUGACUUUCAAAGACAGAAGAAUGAGGAGUUUUUUUUUCUUGGGGAAACAGCAGUUACUGGGUUUUUGGAAAUCUUUGUUUUCAUGAUUAGCUCUUUGAUCUCGAUUAUCUGCGUAAUUAUUCUUGUUGGUACUGUCUGAUCAGAGGCUGCAGCUAUUGAACUUUAAUCAGUGUUAUUGAUAACAAUCCUGAGGAAGGCAACUUAUGAAUCAUCAUACAUUAUUCAGUUUUAGAGUUUUGCAUACUGAAUUGCUUCAUUUUAGAAGCACCAUCUAGUGGUUUGAACACUAGUGUGGAAAAUAACAAUUCUUUGCUGAUUUAUUCUAGCUCUGCAGCUGAGUGAAGAGAAUUACCUACAGUCAUAUUGUUUCUUAGCUGUGAUUUUACCUGUAUCUGAAAAAGGGAAGCAGGUAACUUGCAGUUGUCUAUUAAGAUAAUUGCUUGGCUGUUCUAAAUUACUGUGAUGCAAGAGAAAUAUACACACCUUGUGAAAUUAUUUUUGAUGUGGAUUGCUGUGAGCAGAGUCAUAUUAUAUCAGAUCAAAGGUCCGUCAGCCUGGUGGGAUGUCUGGUGGUUAUCUCUUUCUCUGUGUCCUGGAACAGAUGCCUAAGGAAAAAAGAUGAGAUGAAUAGAAACUGAUAUUUCCCCUGGGCCUUUUUUCUUUUUAACAUAUGGUAGUCUGCAGCAUAGGAGUUGGCUGAGCUGCAGGUUGUAUCCUUGUAAUUCAAUAGCUCAUGAACAUUUUUCCUUAAAAUGUCUAAUAGUUUUUCCAUUUGUUUGUGCUUCUGGUCUCCAUAAUGACUACUGGCUUCUCAGAACUUAAAGCUGAGCUUCAUUCUAGUGAAGUAAGCAUUUUCUUUAUAGGCUUUCCCAAGCAGCCAUUGGUGUGACCCUUGUCCUGCAGACUCUGCUGCUCUUCUGCUUAGAAACUUGAUUUGCUUGUUUAGACUCUGUUCCUCUCCCCCACCUCACAUAGGGGUACUUGACAGAAUUCAGAAAUAAUUACUUUUUAAAGAUCACAAUGCAUUCUUCCUAGGUUAUUUUAGAAGAAUGACAAAACAAAAUGAAAAAACCCCACCAAAAUACCCUCUGUUUUGGACCACAGAAGAAUAUUUGCUUACUGAAGUAACUGAAAAACAGCACAAAUCGUUUUGACAUGCUUCAUUUAGCUGCUUUAAUAGUUAUGACGAUCUACUUUCCUGGCAGUAGUGCUAGCAACAUUCAUUUAAAUGAAUUCAGUAAAGCUUUUUUAAAAUAAUGAUGUUAAAAAUAAAUUAAUUGAAGGCUGAAUAUGUUUGUUUGGCUCAUGUUUGAAGACUGACCAACCUUCCCAGUGCAUGUGAAAGAGCAGGUUUAUCCAGCUUGGUCGUUUUACUGGAGGAUGCUGCUAAAUUGGAGUCUGUCUUACCUGUUCUUAGCUGAGUCUUUUGUUUUCAUCUUGAAAGUACAAAAUAUUCCAACUCCUUAUUGUAUCUAAAACUACAAGCUGGGGAUUGUUGGUAUAGUGGCCGUGUGUCCCCCGCUUGCAUUCGGGAGGGGAACUGCUGCAUUCUGUGGUAGCUGAAACCAUUCAAUCCUGUGAACUCCAACUAUCUGUAAGUCAGCUAAAGCAAAGCACUUAGGCCAGGUCUGAUGGAUAGCUUAGUGUAACAGAAUAUGUUUUUCUUUUGAGCGAGUGUCAGCUGUCUGAUAUUUAAAAACAGGUGAGUGACAGAAGUUGUAAUAUAUUUUAUAGAGAUCUAGAUUUAGGAUGUAGGAAAGAGCUUUUUGGGGAAAUAGAAUGUUUGGGCAACUUAAAGAUACAGCCUUCCUGUCUCGACAUAGCUUUCUGCUGUAACUGGAAGGUCUGGCUCUUAUUUAUUGAUUUUUGGUGGUGUGGGUCAGAUUUAUUACAUCCUGUCUGUGUAUUUCUGUUCUGCCCUGCAGGCUGUAGGAUUUUCCAUCUCUUUCCCCAGUAGUCGGUGAUUUUUCUGCAUUCCUUCCUCAGGCCUGCAGCCUGGCAAUUCUCCUUGAUCUUUCUGAUCCCAUUGAUGGUGGUUCUUACUCUGAUUCUUCUACAUUCACCACCCUCUUCUCCCUUUAGUAUUAUUGCUUUUGAUCCUGUUUAGGAAUAAGAUGCCCUGAAAGGCUGAUCGAGAGGAACUGAGUUAUAAAAGGAUUCCACGGCGUGGCUGUGGAAGUGUGUGACAAUCGACAGCAAGGACAGUUGACCUCUGGAAACGUCACGUAGGGACUGACACCACUUUGCUCUGUCUUUGUGGGCCAUAAGCUCAUUUUGCUUUUCUCUCAUGGGACCUUUAUUCAUACCUGGUAGCCAUUCCGAGUGAAUAACGUGAGCGAGCAUCACGUCAGUUCCAUGUGCGCCGUUGUGUGUGGGUGAAGGAAAGGAAAGCGAAUGGGGAAGAGAACACUGAAGGGGCAACAGGUGAAGGCGGCAGGUGGAAGGAAAAGCUCAGCGUAAAAAUGUAUGAAAAGUCAUUUGAGGGAGGAAGAAGGGAGGCUUACUCUCCCACUCUUUCAAAAUGCCUGCUCUUUAUUUUCAAAUGGGACGCAGAUUAAUUUGAAUUGGGUGAUGUUUAUGCUGAAAUGUGUUAAUUCCUGCCAUUGACUGGCACUUUGAUCUCUGAGAAUUACAGGUGGUUGAAGCUAAACUAACCAGAUGCUCUGGGUGUUCUGCAUUUCUGCUUUGCAUUCUUCUAAUUCUCACCUUCAUUGUAAACCUUUUAAUGUAGGAAACGUUUCCUGAUACUCUGAAGUUUAUUCAGGUUGUUUCCUGCCAUGACAGGAACUGAGCAUGGGUGGGGUCAUGCAUGUAUGUCUAUAAGCAUCUUUUGGAUGUUUGUCAUCUAGGAAUCUUUUUUUAGGAAUGAUAUAGGAUCUCAUAUCAGCGCCUUAUUCUCUAAUUCUGCUGUAAGCACUAAUCUCCUGGCAGAAAUGUCACCUUCCUGUCUGAGUCCAGUUGCUGGAAUUUGUGUGCCCUCACCAUACAAAUGAGAACACAUCAGCAAACUUCCUGUAAAUCCCUCCACAUGCUCUCAAGGCGCUGUCUGCUUUUACUUUGGUUUUAAUAUUUGAGUGCCGAACAUAUUAUUUAGUGGUUUUUAAAAGCAUUUUUGUGAAGCUGUACCAGUAUACCUAGAAUCAUAGAAUGUCCCGAGUUGGAAGGGACCCACAAGGAUCAUCAAGUCCAACUCCCUUCCCUGCAUGUGACAACCCCACAGUUCACACCGUGUGUCUGAGGGUGUUGUUCAGUCUCUUCUUGAACACUGUCAGGCUUGGGGCCGUGACACCUCCCUGGGGAGCCUGUUCAGUGUCCAGCACCCUCUGGGUGAAGAACUUUUAUCUAAUGUUCAACCUGAACCUCCCCUGGUGCUUCCACUGACCAUGUAAUUUUUUUGUUUUCUGCUGUAUUUUAAUAAGAAGAUCCCUGCUCAGCCAAGUUGGCUUUUUGCCUCACCUGCUAAAUUUUCGUCACUUUGGAAUGGCCUGGUCCUGUGCUCUUGAGAACAGACCCGCAGCUCCUUGCCCAGUUCUACUACGCUGAUGAGGAACUAAAUCAAGUGGCGGCUGAACUGGACAGUUUGGAUGGAAGAAAAGACCCACAGAGAUGUACGCUGCUCGUCAACCAGUUUCGCUCUUGUCAGGAUAAUGUUUUGAACAUCAUAAACCAAAUCAUGGAUGAAUGCAUUCCACAUGAACGGGCCAACCGAGACUUUUGUGUGAAGUUCCCGGAGGAAAUACGCCAUGACAACCUUGCAGGACAGCUUUGGUUUGGAGCAGAAUGCUUGGCUGCUGGUUCAAUUAUUAUGAAUCGUGAAAUUGAGAGCAUGGCUAUGAGGCCAUUGGCCAAAGAUCUGACCCGAAGCCUGGAGGAAGUGAGAAAUAUCAUUCGUGACCAGGCCUUAAGGGAUUUGAACCUCUACACAGAAAAAAUGAAAGAUUCACUCAAGCACUUUGACGUUCUGUUUGCUGAAUUCGAAUUAAGUUAUGUGUCGGCCAUGGUACCUGUGAAGUCUCCAAAAGAAUAUUAUGUACAGCAAGAGGUAAUCGUACUUUUCUGUGAAACUGUGGAGAGAGCCUUAAGGCUUGGAUACCUCACUCAAGAUAUGAUAGAUGACUAUGAACCAGCUUUAAUGUUUACAAUUCCAAGAUUAGCCAUUGUAUGUGGCCUUGUUGUCUAUUCCGAGGGACCAUUAAACUUGGACCAUAAACCAGAAGAUAUGUCUGAACUCUUCAGGCCUUUUCACACAUUGCUAAGAAAAAUAAGGGAUCUACUUCAGACAUUAACAGAGGAUGAACUUCACACACUGGAACGUAACCUCUGCAUCUCUCAAGAUGUGGAUUUUCCUGUCAGAGCAGACCCUGAAGUCCCCUCUGUCAUUACACCGGGCAUAACUGCGACCUUGCCUGCCAAGCAGCUUUCAGGAAAAGCUGAAAACACGGAGGCUGAGCUGGCUUGUUCUAUGCAGUACGAUGAACAGGAGCUGGAGCAGCUGAAUAGGAUGGUACACAGAGUCGGAGAUGAAAUGUCUUCUCUGCUUUCCCCUCCAAGCAUCUGUCAGUCUCCAGCUCACAGACCUAGUGUGAGAAACACUUCUAGCACAGAAGCUUCACCAACAAGACACCAUCUUGACAAUUUAACUGAUGAAGAGGACAGAGUGUUUUUCAUGGAUGACCUAGAUGGAGCAGGAGAAGCUCUUGCUGGGUUGGAUUCAGUAGGUGAUACUUUUGCUUGGGUGAAUAACCCUUGCCAUGAUUCGAAACAGAACCUGCAAUAUCGAGAUGCUUUGUUGUAUGAGAACGGCCAUCAGGCAGAGGAAACUUUGCUUUUGAAAGAUGCUGAAAGUGACUUAAGCAAUAAUAACAAUAUUGAAGAUAGCAAACAGAUGUCUGGCAUCUCAGUUCAGAAUUCAUGCAGCUGUCUAGAAGGUCCAGACUCACAGUUAUACCUCAAUGGCUGGGAUGCAUAUGCUGAUGAUGCAGAAAUGGCAGAAGUGAUAGCUCACAGGACAGGGGGAAUGAAAAUAUCUGCUACUGUGAUAUUCAACCCUAAAUCUCCCUCUAGCUCAGAAUCCCCAGUAACAACUCCAGAAGCUGCUAUUAGUUGUGUUCCUGGAUCUGCUAAUCCAUUACCAAAUGAGGAGGAUGAAUCCCAUAAACUCAGUAUAGCUGCCACAAACUGUCUAAUUAAUUCUUGUGUGUGUUGUGGCAGCUGUGAAGACAGCAGGGAGGACAGUGUUAAAGGUUUGAAGACUAAACAUUCUGCAGGAGGUGUUGUAAAUGCUUCAUACACGUUAGUAAAGUCUAAAGAAAUGGACCGUGUAGAUAACUUGGACGAUUCAGUCCCUGCACAGGAAACGUUAAGACCUGAAACUUCUACUUUGUUAGCAGAAAGAGACUUUGGCAGAGAAGAGCAAAAACUGCCUGUCUCCUCUAAGUGCCUGGCACAUUCCUCAGGUUCACAGGUAGGAGCAGAAAAUGACUCACAAGGAGAAGCAGAAAGCAUCACAAAUCAGCAGAAGAAGUGGGAGAAGAGAAAACAGCUAUGUGAGAAAAAACAGGACAACAAUGAAGAUGCUCAUAGUGAAAGGACAGCCAAGGAAGACGUCAAGUCAAGAUCUAGUUCAAGUUCUCAGGAUGGCUUACGUGAUUCCCCCCUCAGCUCCAUCUCCAGCAGUGACUAUGAGAGUGUUUCUGUCACUACAUGUAGUGUCUCCAGCAUAUACGCUCUGAGCAGUUUAAUGACAAGUUCUAGUUCAUCGGAUGACAUCGAUGAGGAAGAAAUCCAGCUCGCUCUGCAGGCUGCUAAAAUUGCCACCCGAGAAAAGAUCAGAUCCAGAUUUCACGGCAGUAAUGACCUUAUUCACCGUCUUUUUGUCUGUAUCUCAGGUGUUGCUGACCAGCUGCAGACAAACUAUGCUAGUGAUUUGAGAAGUAUCUUAAAGACCUUGUUUGAAGUUAUGGCAACCAAACCUGAAACAGAAGACAAGGAAAAGCAAAAGAAAGCCAAUCAAGGUUUAAGGAAUGCAGCGCUGGAAGACUGUGCUUUAUGUCAAGAAAGUAUAUCAUCCUCAGAACUUGCAGCAAAAGCCAGAGAUGGGGACUUUGAAGAUCCUCCUGACUGGGUUCCAGAUGAAGUCUGCAGCUACUGCACUGCGUGCAAGGCUCCUUUCACAGUCAUUCGCAGGAAACACCACUGUCGGAGCUGUGGCAAGAUCUUCUGUUCCCGCUGUUCCUCUCACUCUGCUCCUUUACCUCGCUAUGGCCAAAUGAAGCCUGUCCGUGUUUGCACUCACUGUUACAUGUUCCAUGUCACUCCGUUCUAUAGUGACAAAGCUGGUAUCUGACAUAUUAAACUACUGGUGUGUCUCCUGGAGUCUUACACAGACUGAUAGAUUUGACCUAAGCCAAGAAUUAACUUGAAAGAGGGACCUCAUGAGGGCAUGUAAGCUCUGACAUCCAUUAUUAUAAAUUUUGUACAGACAGUUUUUAUUGCAUUUUACUAAGCUGCUAAAGGGAAGUAUGAAGCGUCUGUAGUUCUGAGGCUACAGUACAGUCUUCCAUAAAUUUAUACCAUUAACGUUACGAUGCCAUAUGCAGAACAAAUGCACUGUGUGGAAGGAAAUAGGGCUCAGAGAACUGAACAAGCGCUGCUGCUUAUCUUACCUGCUCGGAGCAGAGUAGCCGGUUAAUUAGUCCAUCCCAGCAGAUCAAUCCCAAGGCUCAGACACUGUGCUCACUGGAACACCAGCACGGCUGUGGGGCUCGGCGCUCCCGCUCCUGCUGCGGUUCAACUUUCCCGUCACUAGAUGUUUGCCACCUAUGCUAGGAUUAAUUAAAGCAAAGCUAUUUCAAAUCCACAUUCAGUAUUUUAAAAGGCAAAAUUUUCCGUGGAUCACAUAGGAAGCACAGAGGGUCCUGAAGCAGUGUGUUUCUGUUGCCUUUAAUUUACCAAGCAGAGCAAUAAUUCCAGGUUGUCUUUUAAAAAUCAAGUUUUACAACUUCCAGUUCCAUAUUUUGGAGUUUUGGAAGUGUUUAUGAUCUGCGUCAUUUGUGCUAAAUCCUGUUAAUAAAAUUACACAGAGCUUUGAUUUCUAUAUCAGCAUUUAAAACUUAGCAAACUUCAGAGGAAAUGGUUACCUAAUGAAUGAACGAAUAUGAAAAUACAUAUUUUUGAAAGGUUUAGCAGCAAAUUUCAGUAGAUGUGACAAAUUAUUUAUCCCCUAUUGAGUUUUUAAAAUGUUUUUUAAAAGGCAAAUAUGUAAGGGUAUAUCCCAAAGGUCCUCCAGAAUGAUCAGCCAGUGAAGGGUACUUGUCCACAUUUGGCAGAGUAACCGUGUAAAAUAUUGCAUACUGUUACUUCAGUCAUGCUAACAACUCAGAAGACGUUUGUAUUUAUUUGAAACACCAGGGAUGAAUUUUUAUCUCCACUUGGAGAGGAAAGAAAUAAAGCUCACAUGGCUUCAUCUUACGAUCUUGCACAAACUAUUUGCAGUAGGAGCUCCCUGAGCACUGAGGUUUCAAAGGUGGUUGGACGUGCUUUGAGUUGGCCACAUGAAAAGCGAGACAGCGUGUGCUGUGGUUACAGGGGGACGAGAUCAAGAGCUCUUCGCUGGAUCCUCUUUCCUAACGCGCGGUGUUACACACUGUGUUCCAAAGUGAGAAAUACAAAGGAGGAUGAAGUUGUUUGCAGUAUCAUGCUCAAGAAGGGUCGUCAUUCAAAAUGACAAAGCAAAACUGGCCAGUGUUGAUUUUUUUUUUUUCUUUUUUAGUUUAUUUUUUGGGAACAUUCCCUUUGAUAAGUGGCUUAAUAUUCAGUGUUAACGAGCCAUAUAAGGGUACAACAGUUUGGCACUACUGUCGUUUUGAAUCACAUGAAACAGCUUCACUUAGUUCAUGUGUAAUGCACAAGCCUUAUGAUGCCGUUUGUAGACAAUGUCGGCUACGGUGUGUUAUUCUCACCUUAUUUAUAUUUUUAUUAUUGUUAUUUCCCUGAAGUCCUUCCCAUGGAAUCCUUGAGUCGGAGUGUCGGCAUUCACCAGAGUUCGGAAAGGCGUGAGGCUGGGCGGCUGGUGGGAGGUGGGUAAUGGGGUGCAAGCGAUGAUACUUAUUCAGGCUUAAAUCUCAGGCUUCACAUUGCAAUGAUUAUUGCAGUUUUAUUUUUAGAGAAAAAAAAAAAAAAAGACAAAUUUAUUGCUUCUUUUAUAGGAUAAAAAAUACAACAAACUUCAAUUGUGAAAUAAAUAUGCACAAAAAGUUGCUUCUGUGAAAAAAAUAUCUUAUUUAAUGGACUAAAUAUUUAUUCAAGCUUGUUUUUAUUUUGUAAAUGCUGUAAUUCAGAAUCAUUUCCAUAAAUGAUAUUUAAAGAUCUCAGACACUAUAGUUUCUUAUGUAAAUACAGACUCCUAUUUCUCUUACUGAAAAGCACAAUGACUAUAUCAGUACUAAUACACAUUUGCCUCAAGGAAGACUUUCAUCUUGUAAUCUCUUCAGAUAAUUAAAGUGUCAGGACUUUGUA